AUUUUCAUUAUAGAAGCUGAUUGACAGAGAAUCAAAAUAUACGGCUGAAUAAAAAAAUAAAUAAAACGGUUUUUUACCUUGUUUUGUAUAAUUCAUUUAUCUUGUUCUAUCAAAUUUCAUUUUAAAAUGUCUCUGUCAGAUUUAGAUAAACAAAUAGAACAACUUCGACGAUGUGAAACUAUCAAGGAAUCUGAAGUUAAAGCUUUAUGCGCUAAGGCCCGAGAGAUACUUGUAGAAGAAUCAAAUGUUCAAAGGGUUGAUGCUCCUGUCACAGUUUGUGGUGAUAUUCAUGGACAAUUUUAUGAUCUGAUGGAACUUUUUAAACAAGGUGGAAAUGUUCCAGAUACAAACUAUUUGUUUAUGGGAGACUUUGUUGACAGAGGCUUCUAUUCAGUUGAGACAUUUCUUCUCCUUCUAGCAUUAAAAGUCAGAUAUCCAGAUAGGAUAACAUUAAUAAGAGGUAACCAUGAAAGUCGUCAGAUCACACAAGUCUACGGAUUUUACGAUGAAUGCCUUAGGAAAUAUGGCUCUAUCACCGUAUGGCGGUACUGUACUGAAAUUUUCGAUUACUUAAGUUUAUCUGCAAUCAUAGAUGGAAAGAUUUUCUGUGUCCAUGGAGGCCUAUCACCCUCAAUUCAAACCUUAGAUCAAAUAAGAGUAAUUGAUCGUAAACAAGAAGUUCCUCAUGAUGGUCCAAUGUGUGAUCUUCUAUGGUCUGAUCCGGAAGAUACUCAAGGUUGGGGUGUUAGUCCACGAGGUGCUGGAUAUCUAUUUGGAAGUGACGUAGUAACCCAGUUUAAUGCAAAAAAUAAUAUAGAUAUUAUUUGUAGAGCUCAUCAAUUGGUGAUGGAAGGUUACAAAUGGCAUUUUAAUGAAACAGUAUUAACAGUAUGGUCAGCUCCUAAUUACUGCUAUCGCUGUGGUAAUGUAGCCGCUAUCUUAGAGUUGGAUGAUAAUUUACAAAGAGAUUUUACUAUAUUUGAAGCUGCUCCUCAGGAAACAAGAGGAGUCCCUUCCAAGAAACCUCAACCAGACUACUUUUUAUGAUCAUGAGAUUGGAUAUGGACACUUAAGCUUUAACGUUUAAUGAACAUAAUUUUCGUCAAAAAUCAACUCUCGCUCUCACUCUCACUCUCUAUCUCUUUCACUUUAUCAUUCAUUUAAAUAAAUUUCAAUUUUUUUCACA